AUGACUAAGACAAUUGAAGCAUUAAAAAGUGGAGAAAUUUCUAGUGGGCGUGGUUUGAAUCAAGAAACAGCUUUAAAAAGAGCUGGAGACACUAGAUGGGGUUCACACUAUAAAACUAUACUUAGAUUAAUUUCUUUAUUUCCUUUUGUGGUUAAUGUUCUUGAAUAUGUUAAGGAAGAUGGGAAUAAUUCAGAACAAAGAGCUGAAGCAUGUCAUUUAUUGAAUGUCAUUCAAUCUUUUGAAUUCAUUUUCAACUUGUACUUGAUGAAAAAUAUCUUGAGAGUUACUAAUGAGUUAUCUCAGGCGUUACAAAGGAAUGAUCAAGAUAUUGUAAAUGCUAUGGCAUUAGUCAAAGUGUCUAAGCAACGAUUGCAAAAUAUAAGAGAUGAUGGUUGGUCUCUUUUACUUGAUGAAGUCUCACUGUUUUGUGACAAACAUGAUAUUAUUGUUCCAAUCAUGGAUGAUAUAUUUGUGUCACAAGGAAGAUCAAGAUGUAAAGCUCAAAAGAUAUCAAAUUUGCAUCAUUUUCAAGUUGAGAUAUUUUAUCAAGUAGUUGAUAGACAACUUCAAGAACUCAAUAAUCGUUUUAUAGAGGUGAAUACUGAAUUGCUUCUUUGCAUAGCUUGUUUGAAUCCAAGACACUCAUUUUUUGCAUUAGAUAAGGAGAAGUUGAUCCAGUUAGCUCAAUUUUAUCCAUUAGAAUUUUCUUCCACUCAACUUUUGGCACUUGACAGUCAACUUGAGAACUUCAUACUAGAUGUGCGUUCUGAUGAUCAUUUCUCGGACUUAAAUGGAAUUGGUGCUCUUUCUCAGAAGUUGGUUGAGACUCGAAAGAAUAUUGUUUAUCCAUUAGUGUUUCUUCUUUUAAAGUUGGCUUUAGUUUUGCCUGUAGCAACUGCAUCAGUUGAAAGAACUUUUUCUGCUAUGAACGUCAUAAAGAGUCGACUUCGUAACCGUAUGGGAGAUGAAUUUUUAAAUGAUUGUUUAGUGGCAUACAUAGAAAGAGAGACAUUUGAUUGUAUUGACAAUGAAAAGAUUAUUCAAUCUUUUUAA